AUGGCCACGCGGGUGCUGACGAUGAGCGCCCGCCUGGGACCCGUGCCCCAGCCGCCGGCCCCGCAGGACGAGCCCGUGUUCGCGCAGCUCAAGCCCGUGCUGGGCGCCGCGAACCCGGCCCGCGACGCGGCGCUCUUCCCGGGCGAGGAGCUGAAGCACCCGCACCACCACCCGCAGGCGCAGCCCGCGCCCCCGCAGCCGCCGCAGCCGGCGCCGCCGCCCGCCGCGGGCCCGCGGCUGCCCCCGGAGGAGCUGGUCCAGACAAGAUGUGAAAUGGAGAAGUAUCUGACACCUCAGCUUCCUCCAGUUUCAAUGAUUCCAGAGCAUAAAAAGUAUAGACGAGACAGUGCCUCAGUCGUAGACCAGUUCUUCACUGACAGUGAAGGGUUACCUUACAGUAUCAACAUGAACGUCUUCCUCCCUGACAUCACUCACCUGAGAACUGGCCUCUACAAAUCCCAGAGACCGUGCGUAACACACAUCAAGACAGAACCUGUUACCAUUUUCAGCCACCAGAGUGAAACGACAGCCCCUCCUCCGGCCCCGACCCAGGCCCUCCCCGAGUUCACCAGUAUAUUCAGCUCACACCAGACCGCAGCUCCAGAGGUGAACAAUAUUUUCAUCAAACAAGAACUUCCUACACCAGAUCUUCAUCUUUCUGUCCCUCCCCAGCAGGGCCACCUGUACCAGCUGCUGAACACACCGGAUCUAGAUAUGCCCAGUUCUACAAACCAGACAGCAGUGAUGGACACUCUUAAUGUCUCUAUGUCCGCCGCCAUGGCGGGCCUUAACACACACACCUCUGCUGUUCCGCAGACUGCAAUGAAACAGUUCCAGGGCAUGCCCCCUUGCACAUACACAAUGCCAAGUCAGUUUCUUCCACAGCAGGCCACUUACUUUCCCCCGUCACCACCAAGCUCAGAGCCGGGAAGUCCAGAUAGACAAGCAGAGAUGCUCCAGAAUUUGACCCCACCUCCAUCCUAUGCUGCUACAAUUGCUUCCAAACUGGCAAUUCACAAUCCAAAUUUACCUGCCACCCUGCCAGUUAAUUCACAAAGCAUCCAGCCUGUCAGAUACAAUAGAAGGAGUAACCCCGAUUUGGAGAAACGACGCAUCCACUACUGCGAUUACCCUGGCUGCACAAAAGUUUAUACAAAGUCUUCUCAUUUAAAAGCUCACCUGAGGACUCAUACUGGUGAGAAGCCGUAUAAGUGCACCUGGGAGGGCUGUGACUGGAGGUUUGCGCGCUCGGACGAGCUGACCCGCCACUACCGAAAGCACACCGGGGCCAAGCCGUUCCAGUGUGGCGUGUGCAACCGCAGCUUCUCCCGCUCCGACCACCUGGCCCUGCACAUGAAGAGGCAUCAGAACUGAGCCCCGCUGUGGCCUGCCGUGCCUAUGCAAUUCACCCUGCCGUCCUGCGGUUCCUUUGGCAAAGUUUUAAACUACACACUUAACUAUAUAUAUAAAAAAAGGAAAAGAAAACUAAAAACUGGAAAUGUAUAUUUUGUAUAUUUGAGAAAACAGGGAAUACAUUGUAUGAAUACCAAAGUGUUUGGUCCUUAUAAGAAUCUGGAAUGCUUGCUGUAAUGUAUAUGGCUUUACUUAAGCAGAUUUCAUCUCCUGACAGGCAGCCACAUCUCAGUGUGAGUAGGGGGGUGGGGGUGCAGGGUGUGUUUGCAGUGUCUUUACCGAAACACCAUCAUUUAAUGUGACAGUGUUUAGUAAACAAGUCAGUUGGCAGGCACAGAAGAGCUGGAUUGCAUGUCAAGAUUUUACUUGACAUCAAGUAGUUUUUUUCAAUAUUAGAUAAUUCCUUAGAGGUACACAGCGUACCUGGCAAUUCACAGAUAGCCAUUGAACAAAUGUGUUUUUUUGUUUGUUUUUAUAUGAGUUGCCUAUAUUUGCUAUUCAAAAUUUUGUAAAUAUGCAAAUCAGCUUUAUAGGUUUAUUACAAGUUUUCUAAGAUUCUUUUGGGGGAAAAUCAUAAAUAAUUCUGUUUGAAAAUAACCAUGAAUACAAUUACAGUUACAAUUUGUGGUAAGAUGCCUCUUCAAACCUCACCAAAUUCAUUUCUUUAGGAGGAAAGAAAUAAUCAUUCAAAUGAACUUAAAAAGCAGAUUCCAUGCACUGAUUAAACUAGGAUUGCUUAUUUUAAAUAUGAACGACAUUUUAUAUGAAUUGUGGACUGGAGCUUAAAGAUAGGACACACAAAAUUUAAACCUCUUACUAUAAGCUAAACACAGUAUCAUUUUAAUAAAAAGACUUGUAGCUCUCACGUGGCAGUGUUGAAUUUAUGAUGCAGUUUUCGCAUACCGGGAUGUUUGUUCGUGCAGUACUGUGGGCUAAAUGACAAUUUAUGUGGAUUUUGCAUGUAAUAUACAGUGAGACACAGUAAUUUUACCUAAAUUACAGUGCAGUUUAGUUAAGCAUUGUUAAUACUGACUCAGUGUCUGCCUUUAAUUAUAAAUGACAUGUUGAAAGCUUAAGGAAGCAAGUGCUACAUAUAUGCAAUAUGAUAGUAAUGUGAUGUUGAUGCUGUUAACCAAAGGGCAGAAUAAAUAAGCAAAAUGCCAAAAGGGGUCUUAAUUGAAAAUGAAAAUUUAAUUUUGUUUUUAAGAUAUUGUUUAUCUUUAUUUAUUUUGUGGUAAUAUAGUAAGUUUUUUUAGAAAAUUUUCAUAACUUGAUAAAUUAUAGUUUUGUUUGUUAGAAAAGUUGCUCUUAAAACAUGUAAAUAGAUGACAAACGGUGUAAAUAUUUUGUAAGGCUUCAAAAUGUUUAUACGUGGAAACAGGCCUACAUACGAAGCAUAAAUUGGUUGCUGUUUUGCUUCUUUUCCCCUCUUAUUUUUGUAUUGUGGUCAUUUCCUAUGCAAAUAAUGGAGCAAACAGCUGUAUAGUUGUAGAAUUUUUUGAGAGAAUGAGAUGUUUAUAUAUUAACGACAAUUUUUUUUGGAAAAUAAAAAGUGCCUAAAAGAUUUA